AUGUGAUGUCACCGGCAAAGAUUCUGCCAGAAUGACGGUGUGUUUUAUUUGAACGGAUAGGAAUAUUGUUGUUGUUGUUGGGAAAUAUGCCGCUGCCAAAGUUAAAACCAACUGUGGUAGCUGCAGGAGUCGCUGGCGUGGCUAUUGGAGCUGCUGUCGGAUAUUUCUUGUUCCAGCGUCGAAAGUCGAGGAUAUUUGAGGAAACUGAUGAAGGGAUUGGGGAUGUGGAUUCCAUUGUCUCGGAGGAGGAGAUCGAACGACAAAUUCUUCCAAUGCGUGAGAUCACAUGUUCGGGAGUAGUAAAGAAUGUGACAUCACAACCUGUGACAUCACCACCUGUGACAUCACCACCUGUGGCAUCACCGUCUAUAACAUCACCAAAAAACCCGAAACAGACAACGAACAUGUUUGAAUCGACGCCAAACAAGCUUGAUGAUGUUAAAAUCACGGACGCUGAAAUUAAACCUCGUUUGGCGAAGAUAGUGGUGUUAGGGUUGGAGGGUUGUGGGAAGUCCACACUACUUAAUGUGUUGGCUAAGAGGCCCGAGGAAGGGUAUUCCCCCACACAGGGAUUCAAUGUGGUUCAAAUACAAAGUGGGGAGUGUUCGCUAAGUGUGAUGGAAGUUGGAGGUGGUCCUUCAACACGAAGGUAUUGGUCGCACUUUACCUCUGACAUGGAUUUGUUGAUCUACGUUGUCGAUGGCUCCGAUAAAAAUAAUUUCAACGAAUCAAAGUCUGAGUUAAUGAAAGUGCUCGCUGAAUCGACCAAUCAAGUUCCUUGCCUAUUGAUUUCAAAUAAACAGGAUUUGGAGAAUGCUGAAAAAUGUUCGUCGAUAUUUAACAGCAAAGACUUGAAGGAGAUCGGUCGUAAAACAAGCGGAAACAUCACAAUAUUGGAUGCUACAUGUUGUGCUAAUGGUGGGGAGGGGGUAUCGUUCCGUGAAACUGUGAUAUCUAUUAUGUUAAGUCUGUUGAACGAACAACAAACAUGAAUAUGCAAUACUGAUAACACAGGGACGUAUUCAGGGGGGUUAAAGGGGGCAAGGAAACCCUUUUUGUGGUAAUGGAGCACGGGACAUCUAUGCUUUAUUACCAAACAUCUGGUUUCAAGCAUGUCGCAAAAAAAAAAAUCUUUGAGUUAGUUGGUUCCGCCCCCAUUUAAAAUUCCUGGGUACCCCCUUGGCCUCAUGAGAUUAAUUCCAAUCUCAAAGCAA